GGCUGGACCGUGCCAGCCCCCGCCUACAUCCGCCCCUGUGAAGGUCUCGCCUCCGCAUUGAACAAGUCAUGGUUGCCUUCCUUAUUUCCGUGGACGAAGGUGUCGGAUAAGGCAACGCAGCGUUGUAUUGACGUGCCAUACUAUCAAGCCAAACAGACCGUAAUCUAUCAUCAGCCUAAUUUUCCGGGAAAAGUAACUGCGUAUUGGUAAUGCAUCCAAGAAUCACCGUUGUCUCUGCUAUAAAUACCAAACCAUUUCUCCCACACCCACAAUCACAUAAACAUAUAAUAACCAAAACCCACUCCGCAUAAACAAUGAAUCCAUCUCUCACCCUUCCCAUUUUCCUUUCCAUCCUCCUCUUCGCCGGCGCCUCCCGUGCCGCCAUCAUCAACGUCCUCAACAACUGCCCGUACACCGUGUGGGCGGCGGCGGUACCCGGCGGUGGCCGCCGCCUCGACAGGGGCCAGAGUUGGCAAAUCAAUGCCCCCUCCGGCACAACCGGCGCUCGCGUUUGGGCCCGAACAGGCUGCAACUUCGAUGGCUCCGGCAGGGGCAAAUGCCAGACGGGGGACUGCAACGGGCUGCUGGAGUGCCGCGCCUACGGCGUGCCGCCCAAUACGCUGGCAGAGUACGCCCUAAACCAGUACAGCAACCUGGACUACUUCGACAUAUCGCUGGUGGACGGGUUCAACGUGCCCAUGGAGUUUAGCCCGACGUCGAACGGGUGCACUCGCGGCAUCAAGUGCACGGCGGACAUCGUGGGGCAGUGCCCGAACGAGCUGAAGGCCCCGGGGGGCUGCAACAACCCCUGCACCGUUUUCAAGACGGACCAGUACUGCUGCAACUCCGGCAACUGCGGGCCCACCAAUUAUUCCAAGUUCUUCAAGCAAAGGUGUCCUGAUGCUUACAGUUACCCUAAAGAUGACAAAACCAGCACCUUUACUUGCCGUACCGGAGCCAACUAUAAGGUUGUCUUUUGCCCUUAAAAAUGUUCUCUAUAUAUGAAUAUUGAACGUAUGUAUAUUGAAUAAGUGGGUUUCGAUCCAUAUCCUUUGAUGAGAUGGGAUUCAAAGCUAUACAUAUAUAUAUAUGGAAGAAUAAGAUGUAGCUGCACAGCUGGCUGCGCUGUGCUCAUGUUCUCUGCAACCCAGCAUUGAAAUAAACCUAAUGGGACAAGAGUUUGUAGUA